AUGUUAUUCCCAAUUGCACUCUUCAGCCUCAGUUUCUUGAGUGGCCUUGCUGGGGCGCAUCCGCAUCCCGAGCACGAUGCGAAGCUCGGUGCUGUGGCAUCAGAGAGCUCUGAAUGCUCGAAGAUAGGAAUUGAUAUCCUGAAGCAAGGAGGGAAUGCCGCAGAUGCACUCGUAGCGAUGCAAUUGUGCGUUGGCGUCAUUGGGAUGUAUCAUUCUGGACUCGGUGGGGGUGGGUUCAUGCUUGUCCGCUCGAAAACUGGGAAGUAUGAAUUCAUCGAUUUCCGGGAAAUGGCUCCCGCUGCCGCAUUUGAGACGAUGUACUCUCCUCCUCUUUCGAACUCAAACUACUCCCUCUAUGGCGGAUUAGCUAGUGGAGUUCCCGGCGAAUUGCGGGGAUUGCAAUAUUUGCACGAAGGCUACGGAUCUCUACCUUGGAAGGAGUUGGUUCUGCCUUCCGUUAAAAUUGCCAGGCAUGGGUUCAAAGUAACGAAGGACCUGGUCAGAUAUAUGGCUUCUGCUACUCAAACCUACGAUUUCCUCACCCACGAACCGACAUGGGCUCUCGAUUUUGCUCCGAAUGGAACUAGGCUUGGACUGGGAGAUAUCAUGACGCGGAAGCGGUACGCCAAUACCCUCGAAAGAAUUGCACAAUAUGGUCCUGAUGCUUUCUAUCAUGGUGCCAUUGCAAAUGCCACUAUCAUGGCCCUGCAGAAGUCAAAUGGCACGAUGGCUCUCACCGACAUGGCCAAUUAUACAGUGCAGAUCCGACAACCGUCGAACAUCACCUACAGAGGAUUUAAGGUCCAUGGUUGUAGCGCACCUUCCAGCGGUGCUGUUGUGUUAAGCACUUUGAAGAUCGUGGAGGGAUAUGACAUGUCAACCCCUUCGUUGCUGAAUCUUUCCACGCACUAUCUCGAUGAAGCAAUGCGUUUCGCAUAUGGCCAACGAGCUCUCCUAGGAGAUGCCUCAUUUCUCCCAAACCUUACUACCUAUCAGGAGAAGAUGGUUUCUGAGACCACCGCGCAGGAAAUAAGAGCCAAAAUCCAGGAAUAUCGUACCCUGAACAUCACUGAAUAUAACCCCUCUAACUACCAGAUUUUGACAGAUGAUGGAACGAGCGCGACGGUUGCGGCAGAUAAAAGCGGACUCACUAUUGCAGUAACGUCUACUAUUAACACACUGUUCGGGAGUCAGCUCAUGGUUCCCGAGACUGGUGUAAUCAUGAAUAAUGAGAUGAAUGAUUUUAGCAUCCCGAACACCACCAACGCUUUUGGCUACGUCCCCAGCGAAGCGAAUUUCAUCCGGCCCUUCAAAAGGCCCCUUUCUUCCAUCUCUCCCACCAUCGUCGAAAAUCCGGAUGGCUCUGUCUACAUCUCCCAUGCUUCCGCAGGGGGAUCUCGCAUUAUUACCGAAGUUAUCCAACAUCUCUGGCACGUUCUUGACCAGAACAUGACUUCCGCCCAAGCCCUCGCCCAACCCAGAUUACACGAUCAGCUCUCGCCGAACACUGUAUCGUUUGAGUGGGAAAGUGAAUUGUUUGGCGUGAAGGGGUACAGCAAUGAGACGACGGCUUUCUUCAAGAGCAUCGGGGCGAACGUGGCAUUUAUAGCGCCUGGGAGCACAACAGCACAGGCGUUGCGGCGGCUGCCGAAUGGCACAUUCGAGGCCGCAGGAGAGCCCAGGCAACUUGAUAGUGGUGGAUUUGCGAUUUGA